GAACUGUGAGGAUCGCGCUGAAUGGUACUGUGUCAGCCAAAACAGUGACAUUGUUUUUGUAUUUAGUUUUGAAAUGUUUAUUUACGGCCUCGCCGUGUUUCUUCUGACUAGCUUAACAUGGCAGUCAACGGAAACAUCUCGUAUUUUGGGUGUAUUUGCAUUUCCUGGUCGCAGCCAUUGGAUGAUGAUCGAUGCAGUUUUGAAUGAAUUGCUGGACCGCGGUCACCAGGUGACGUGUAUAGGUAAUUAUCCAUUGUCGAGAAGCCAUGACAAUUACACCGAAAUUCGGAUAGCUCCGAUCUAUGACUUCUGGAAUAAAUCAGUCAAUGUAGAUUCGCUGUACGAUUUAACGGAAAUAUCAAUCCACCAGAUGUUGGUAGAUUUCCUGUUCAGCUUGGGACUGGAAACGGCUGAGUAUGGCUUCACGAGAGAGAACGUGAAAAACUUUAUCCUCACCGAUCACGGUCAGUUUGAUUUGAUUCUGGCUGAGCAAUUUUACCAGGAAGCAUACCUAAUGUUUGCUCACAAAUACCAGGCACCGAUUGUCACUGUUGGAACGUUUGGUUUUGCACAGUAUAUGGGUCCAAUGAUGGGCAUGAUGAAUAUGUGGUCCCAUGUGCCACACGAAUUUCUACCUUUUACCGACAAAAUGACACUUCCGCAACGGAUUGUCAAUUCAAUGGUUAGUUUCUAUGAAUUGGUGUUAAGAUCAGUCUACUACAUGCCUAAACAGGAAUCUAUGGCACUCAAAAAUUUUGCUCACCUGGAUGGUCCGCUACCGAAAAUAACCGAGUUAGAACGGAAGGUGUCUUUGAUUUUGCUAAACAGUUACGUUCCACUCACAUCAACUCGAGCCAAAGUUCCUGGCCUAGUUCAAGUAGGCGGUUUACAUAUUAAAAAACCGGAACCACUUCCAGGUGACCUUCGUAAAUUCUUAGAUGAGGCAAAAUAUGGUGCUAUAUACUUUAGCCUGGGAACGAAUUUGCGUAGCGCCGAUAUGCCGCAGGAUAAGCUAGACGCUAUUUUCAGUGUAUUUCGUUCGAUAAAACAACGAGUUGUUUGGAAAUUUGAGGACGAAUCAAUUCCAAACUUACCAUCGAAUGUAAUGGUAAAGGCAUGGUUACCGCAGAGUGACAUUCUUGCUCAUCCCAACGUUAAAGUCUUCAUCACUCAUGGUGGCCUUUUAGGAACUCAAGAGGGAGUUUAUCGGGCAGUUCCGAUGCUAGGGAUUCCGAUCUACUGUGACCAACAUUUGAACAUGAACCAAGCGGUGCUGGGAGGUUAUGCUGUACAACUGUACUUUCCGAACAUUACCGAAAGUUCUUUCCGAUGGGCACUAGAAGAGUUGCUGUACAAUCCGGAAUACAAGAAAAACAUUGAUCGGACUUCGGCUAUAUUUCGGGAUCGUCCUAUUUCCGCUCUGGAUGAAGCAACAUUUUGGAUUGAGUACGUUAUACGACACAAAGGUGCACCACAGUUAAGGUCAGCGGGACUGGACUUGCCGUGGCUUAGUUUCGCACUUCUAGAUGUAGUUGGCGUGAUUCUACUGGGACUGUUGCUGGCAGGAUGGACUAUUAAAAAAGUUGUGGAUUUCUGCUGGCUGCACAAGAAGCGUAAACAGGAAUAGAUUUUUUUUAUAAGCGGGUGUUGUAUGAUAUUGUUGGAACCUAAUGGGGACUGGCAAAAUUAGGAUCAUGGCAAUCGAAGUAUGUGAAGUCUGGAAACUUACUACCCACAUCUGGAAUUUAUCUGAUGUGUCCACAUAACGUUAUGCUAUGGUUACACAGCACACAAAAACAAUACAACAUAAAUUCAAAAGCAGUAGAAACUUACAAUAAUCUUUAGACAUAUUAUGAAACUCUUUAUUCAGUUCAAAAAUAGGAAUACUUUUGAGUUUUCUUUUGGCAUCAGUACAUCAACAAAUAUAAUUAACGUCAAUAUUUUGAUCAAAA